AUGGAUCACCCUCUACCAACUGAUGCUUCUGGAAAUUUCAUCACCGACGAGGGAACAGUCAUUGAGAAAGACGAAGAAGGCAGACCUCUGGGUCCUGAUGGACAAGUGUUACCAACCGACGAAACUGGAAACUACAUCUAUCCAGUAGUUGGACCUGAUGGCCAGCCUCUACCGACUGAUGAACACAGGCGACCUAUUCAUCCAGUUCUCGGUUCAGAUGGAAGGCCACUACCGACAGAUGAAUCAGGUCAUCCACUCGGAGAGGACGGAAGACCGGUGCCAACCGAUGCUAGCGGUGUUCCACUGGACAAGAAGGAUGGACAACCUUUGCCAACGGACAGCAGUGGACAUUACGUCACAGUCCCACGUGAAGAAGCAGUAACCAAGGAGCUACCUACUGACGAAAGUGGAAAAGUUAUCUAUCCGGUGACGAAACCAGAUGGAUCACCCCUACCAACUGAUGCUUCUGGAAAUUUCAUCACCGACGAGGGAACAGUCAUUGAGAAAGACGAAGAAGGCAGACCUCUGGGUCCUGAUGGACAAGUGUUACCAACCGACGAAACUGGAAACUACAUCUAUCCAGUAGUUGGACCUGAUGGCCAGCCUCUACCGACUGAUGAACACAGGCGACCUAUUCAUCCAGUUCUCGGUUCAGAUGGAAGGCCACUACCGACAGAUGAAUCAGGUCAUCCACUCGGAGAGGACGGAAGACCGGUGCCAACCGAUGCUAGCGGUGUUCCUCUCGAUAAGGAUGGACAACCUCUGCCAACGGACAGCAGUGGACAUUACGUCACAGUCCCACGUGAAGAAGCAGUAAGCAAGGAGCUACCAACAGACGAAAGUGGGAACAUCAUCUACCCGGUGACGAAGCCGGACGGAUCUCCUCUUCCAACAGACGCUUCAGGAAAUUUCAUCACCGACGAGGGAACAGUCAUUGAGAAAGACGAAGAAGGCAGACCUCUGGGUCCUGAUGGACAAGUGUUACCAACCGACGAAACUGGAAACUACAUCUAUCCAGUAAUGGAAGGCCACUACCGACAGAUGAAUCAGGUCAUCCACUCGGAGAGGACGGAAGACCGGUGCCAACCGAUGCCAGCGGUGUUCCUCUCGGAUAAGGGAUGGACAACCUUUGCCAACGGACAGCAGUGGACAUUACGUCACAGUCCCACAUGGAUCACCCCUACCCCAACUGAUGCUUCUGGAAAUUUCAUCACCGACGAGGGAACAGUCAUUGAGAAAGACGAAGAAGGCAGACCUCUGGGUCCUGAUGGACAAGUGUUACCAACCGACGAAACUGGAAACUACAUCUAUCCAGUAGUUGGACCUGAUGGCCAGCCUCUACCGACUGAUGAACACAGGCGACCUAUUCAUCCAGUUCUCGGUUCAGAUGGAAGGCCACUACCGACAGAUGAAUCAGGUCAUCCACUCGGAGAGGACGGAAGACCGGUGCCAACCGAUGCCAGCGGUGUUCCACUGGACAGGGAUGGACAACCUUUGCCAACGGACAGCAGUGGACAUUACGUCACAGUCCCACGUGAAGAAGCAGUAACCAAGGAGCUACCUACUGACGAAAGUGGAAAAGUUAUCUAUCCGGUGACGAAACCAGAUGGAUCACCCCUACCAACUGAUGCCUCUGGAAAUUUCAUCACCGACGAGGGAACAGUCAUUGAGAAAGACGAAGAAGGCAGACCUCUGGGUCCUGAUGGACAAGUGUUACCAACCGACGAAACUGGAAACUACAUCUAUCCAGUAGUUGGACCUGAUGGCCAGCCUCUACCGACUGAUGAACACAGGCGACCUAUUCAUCCAGUUCUCGGUUCAGAUGGAAGGCCACUACCGACAGAUGAAUCAGGUCAUCCACUCGGAGAGGACGGAAGACCGGUGCCAACCGAUGCCAGCGGUGUUCCACUGGACAGGGAUGGACAACCUUUGCCAACGGACAGCAGUGGACAUUACGUCACAGUCCCACGUGAAGAAGCAGUAAGCAAGGAGCUACCAACAGACGAAAGUGGGAACAUCAUCUACCCGGUGACGAAGCCGGACGGAUCUCCUCUUCCAACAGACGCUUCAGGAAAUUUCAUCACCGACGAGGGAACAGUCAUUGAGAAAGACGAAGAAGGCAGACCUCUGGGUCCUGAUGGACAAGUGUUACCAACCGACGAAACUGGAAACUACAUCUAUCCAGUAGUUGGACCUGAUGGCCAGCCUCUACCGACUGAUGAACACAGGCGACCUAUUCAUCCAGUUCUCGGUUCAGAUGGAAGGCCACUACCGACAGAUGAAUCAGGUCAUCCACUCGGAGAGGACGGAAGACCGGUGCCAACCGAUGCCAGCGGUGUUCCACUGGACAGGGAUGGACAACCUUUGCCAACGGACAGCAGUGGACAUUACGUCACAGUCCCACGUGAAGAAGCAGUAACCAAGGAGCUACCAACAGACGAAAGAAAUUUCAUCACCGACGAGGGAACAGUCAUUGAGAAAGACGAAGAAGGCAGACCUCUGGGUCCUGAUGGACAAGUGUUACCAACCGACGAAACUGGAAACUACAUCUAUCCAGUAGUUGGACCUGAUGGCCAGCCUCUACCGACUGAUGAACACAGGCGACCUAUUCAUCCAGUUCUCGGUUCAGAUGGAAGGCCACUACCGACAGAUGAAUCAGGUCAUCCACUCGGAGAGGACGGAAGACCGGUGCCAACCGAUGCUAGCGGUGUUCCUCUCGACAAGGAUGGACAACCUCUGCCAACGGACAGCAGUGGACAUUACGUCACAGUCCCACGUGAGGAAGCAGUAACCAAGGAGCUACCUACUGACGAAAGUGGAAAAGUUAUCUAUCCGGUGACGAAGCCGGACGGAUCUCCUCUUCCAACAGACGCUUCAGGAAAUUUCAUCACUGAUGAAGGAGUGAUUAUUGGUCCUGACGGCGUCGCACUUCCUCAACCUCGUGACAGAAACUGCUCUCUGAAGCACCUCAAGAUGGAUAUACUGUUUGCCUUAAGCACUAGAAAUAUGUCGAAGCCUACUUUCGAGAACAUUUUACGAGCAGUAUCCGAGUUUGCUGACGAGGUUGACUUGUCUCCCGAUGUAACUCGCAUUGGAUUAAUUUACGGGAGCAAAGACGUAGUCGUUCCUCUUCCUCUUGGAGGAUAUCAAGAGAAGGAGCAUAUGAGAGAUGAACUUCGACGAAUACAAUUCUCGGCUGAUGACUCUCACGACCAUGUUUCACUCUAUGAUCCGGCAAAACAGCAGUUCGUCAUGUUUCCUCGCGCGGACAGUGCGAAGAUCGCACUUUUCAUUGGUCAGGAGAUGUUGAGAACACCCGACGAAGAUGAUGGCUUUGCGAAAUUGUUUAUUACUCCACUCCAAUAUGACGAUGACAGAGCAACGACAACGUCACUCGACAGGAUCAAUAACAUAUUCAUCGUAGACGUGCUGCAAAGACAUUGCAAAAAAACAGGAGCUUUCCCGCUCCACGUACCACAUAUAGCAGAAUAUGACAUACCGAAAGCAACAACUAAAAAACCGCAGAUACUGGGAACAGACGGAAGGCCAUUACCAACUGACACUUCUGGGAACUAUAUCACUGAUGAGGGUACUAUUAUUGAAAAGGAUGAAGAAGGAAGACCAUUGGGACCUGAUGGUCAGCCCCUCCCCACAGAUGAAUCAGGAAAUUACAUCUACCCUGUUGUGGGUCCAGACGGUAGUCCACUCCCCACCGAUAUGCACAGACGUCCUAUCUACCCUGUUGUCGGAAAAGAUGGUAAGCCAUUGCCUACUGAUGAAUCAGGGGCUCCCCUUGGUUCCGAUGGAAAGCCUAUUCCAACUGAUGCCAGUGGUAAGCCUCUUGGGGAAGACGGAUCUCCUCUCCCAACUGAUGCUUCUGGCAACUACGUAAGUGUUCCUUCGGAAGAAGCUGUCAGUAAAGAAUUACCCACAGACGAAAGUGGCAAUGUGAUCUAUCCGGUUACAAAGCCUGAUGGAUCGCCACUACCAACUGACGCUUCUGGGAACUAUAUCACUGAUGAGGGUACUAUUAUUGAAAAGGAUGAAGAAGGAAGACCAUUGGGACCUGAUGGUCAGCCCCUCCCCACAGAUGAAUCAGGAAAUUACAUCUACCCUGUUGUGGGUCCAGACGGUAGUCCACUCCCCACCGAUAUGCACAGACGUCCUAUCUACCCUGUUGUCGGAAAAGAUGGUAAGCCAUUGCCUACUGAUGAAUCAGGGGCUCCCCUUGGUUCCGAUGGAAAGCCUAUUCCAACUGAUGCCAGUGGUAAGCCUCUUGGGGAAGACGGAUCUCCUCUCCCAACUGAUGCUUCUGGCAACUACGUAAGUGUUCCUUCGGAAGAAGCUGUCAGUAAAGAAUUACCCACAGACGAAAGUGGCAAUGUGAUCUAUCCGGUUACAAAGCCUGAUGGAUCGCCACUACCAACUGACGCUUCUGGGAACUAUAUCACUGAUGAGGGUACUAUUAUUGAAAAGGAUGAAGAAGGAAGACCAUUGGGACCUGAUGGUCAGCCCCUCCCCACAGAUGAAUCAGGAAAUUACAUCUACCCUGUUGUGGGUCCAGACGGUAGUCCACUCCCCACCGAUAUGCACAGACGUCCUAUCUACCCUGUUGUCGGAAAAGAUGGUAAGCCAUUGCCUACUGAUGAAUCAGGGGCUCCCCUUGGUUCCGAUGGAAAGCCUAUUCCAACUGAUGCCAGUGGUAAGCCUCUUGGGGAAGACGGAUCUCCUCUCCCAACUGAUGCUUCUGGCAACUACGUAAGUGUUCCUUCGGAAGAAGCUGUCAGUAAAGAAUUACCCACAGACGAAAGUGGCAAUGUGAUCUAUCCGGUUACAAAGCCUGAUGGAUCGCCACUACCAACUGACGCUUCUGGGAACUAUAUCACUGAUGAGGGUACUAUUAUUGAAAAGGAUGAAGAAGGAAGACCAUUGGGACCUGAUGGUCAGCCCCUCCCCACAGAUGAAUCAGGAAAUUACAUCUACCCUGUUGUGGGUCCAGACGGUAGUCCACUCCCCACCGAUAUGCACAGACGUCCUAUCUACCCUGUUGUCGGAAAAGAUGGUAAGCCAUUGCCUACUGAUGAAUCAGGGGCUCCCCUUGGUUCCGAUGGAAAGCCUAUUCCAACUGAUGCCAGUGGUAAGCCUCUUGGGGAAGACGGAUCUCCUCUCCCAACUGAUGCUUCUGGCAACUACGUAAGUGUUCCUUCGGAAGAAGCUGUCAGUAAAGAAUUACCCACAGACGAAAGUGGCAAUGUGAUCUAUCCGGUUACAAAGCCUGAUGGAUCGCCACUACCAACUGACGCUUCUGGGAACUAUAUCACUGAUGAGGGUACUAUUAUUGAAAAGGAUGAAGAAGGAAGACCAUUGGGACCUGAUGGUCAGCCCCUCCCCACAGAUGAAUCAGGAAAUUACAUCUACCCUGUUGUGGGUCCAGACGGUAGUCCACUCCCCACCGAUAUGCACAGACGUCCUAUCUACCCUGUUGUCGGAAAAGAUGGUAAGCCAUUGCCUACUGAUGAAUCAGGGGCUCCCCUUGGUUCCGAUGGAAAGCCUAUUCCAACUGAUGCCAGUGGUAAGCCUCUUGGGGAAGACGGAUCUCCUCUCCCAACUGAUGCUUCUGGCAACUACGUAAGUGUUCCUUCGGAAGAAGCUGUCAGUAAAGAAUUACCCACAGACGAAAGUGGCAAUGUGAUCUAUCCGGUUACAAAGCCUGAUGGAUCGCCACUACCAACUGACGCUUCUGGGAACUAUAUCACUGAUGAGGGUACUAUUAUUGAAAAGGAUGAAGAAGGAAGACCAUUGGGACCUGAUGGUCAGCCCCUCCCCACAGAUGAAUCAGGAAAUUACAUCUACCCUGUUGUGGGUCCAGACGGUAGUCCACUCCCCACCGAUAUGCACAGACGUCCUAUCUACCCUGUUGUCGGAAAAGAUGGUAAGCCAUUGCCUACUGAUGAAUCAGGGGCUCCCCUUGGUUCCGAUGGAAAGCCUAUUCCAACUGAUGCCAGUGGUAAGCCUCUUGGGGAAGACGGAUCUCCUCUCCCAACUGAUGCUUCUGGCAACUACGUAAGUGUUCCUUCGGAAGAAGCUGUCAGUAAAGAAUUACCCACAGACGAAAGUGGCAAUGUGAUCUAUCCGGUUACAAAGCCUGAUGGAUCGCCACUACCAACUGACGCUUCUGGGAACUAUAUCACUGAUGAGGGUACUAUUAUUGAAAAGGAUGAAGAAGGAAGACCAUUGGGACCUGAUGGUCAGCCCCUCCCCACAGAUGAAUCAGGAAAUUACAUCUACCCUGUUGUGGGUCCAGACGGUAGUCCACUCCCCACCGAUAUGCACAGACGUCCUAUCUACCCUGUUGUCGGAAAAGAUGGUAAGCCAUUGCCUACUGAUGAAUCAGGGGCUCCCCUUGGUUCCGAUGGAAAGCCUAUUCCAACUGAUGCCAGUGGUAAGCCUCUUGGGGAAGACGGAUCUCCUCUCCCAACUGAUGCUUCUGGCAACUACGUAAGUGUUCCUUCGGAAGAAGCUGUCAGUAAAGAAUUACCCACAGACGAAAGUGGCAAUGUGAUCUAUCCGGUUACAAAGCCUGAUGGAUCGCCACUACCAACUGACGCUUCUGGGAACUAUAUCACUGAUGAGGGUACUAUUAUUGAAAAGGAUGAAGAAGGAAGACCAUUGGGACCUGAUGGUCAGCCCCUCCCCACAGAUGAAUCAGGAAAUUACAUCUACCCUGUUGUGGGUCCAGACGGUAGUCCACUCCCCACCGAUAUGCACAGACGUCCUAUCUACCCUGUUGUCGGAAAAGAUGGUAAGCCAUUGCCUACUGAUGAAUCAGGGGCUCCCCUUGGUUCCGAUGGAAAGCCUAUUCCAACUGAUGCCAGUGGUAAGCCUCUUGGGGAAGACGGAUCUCCUCUCCCAACUGAUGCUUCUGGCAACUACGUAAGUGUUCCUUCGGAAGAAGCUGUCAGUAAAGAAUUACCCACAGACGAAAGUGGCAAUGUGAUCUAUCCGGUUACAAAGCCUGAUGGAUCGCCACUACCAACUGACGCUUCUGGGAACUAUAUCACUGAUGAGGGUACUAUUAUUGAAAAGGAUGAAGAAGGAAGACCAUUGGGACCUGAUGGUCAGCCCCUCCCCACAGAUGAAUCAGGAAAUUACAUCUACCCUGUUGUGGGUCCAGACGGUAGUCCACUCCCCACCGAUAUGCACAGACGUCCUAUCUACCCUGUUGUCGGAAAAGAUGGUAAGCCAUUGCCUACUGAUGAAUCAGGGGCUCCCCUUGGUUCCGAUGGAAAGCCUAUUCCAACUGAUGCCAGUGGUAAGCCUCUUGGGGAAGACGGAUCUCCUCUCCCAACUGAUGCUUCUGGCAACUACGUAAGUGUUCCUUCGGAAGAAGCUGUCAGUAAAGAAUUACCCACAGACGAAAGUGGCAAUGUGAUCUAUCCGGUUACAAAGCCUGAUGGAUCGCCACUACCAACUGACGCUUCUGGGAACUAUAUCACUGAUGAGGGUACUAUUAUUGAAAAGGAUGAAGAAGGAAGACCAUUGGGACCUGAUGGUCAGCCCCUCCCCACAGAUGAAUCAGGAAAUUACAUCUACCCUGUUGUGGGUCCAGACGGUAGUCCACUCCCCACCGAUAUGCACAGACGUCCUAUCUACCCUGUUGUCGGAAAAGAUGGUAAGCCAUUGCCUACUGAUGAAUCAGGGGCUCCCCUUGGUUCCGAUGGAAAGCCUAUUCCAACUGAUGCCAGUGGUAAGCCUCUUGGGGAAGACGGAUCUCCUCUCCCAACUGAUGCUUCUGGCAACUACGUAAGUGUUCCUUCGGAAGAAGCUGUCAGUAAAGAAUUACCCACAGACGAAAGUGGCAAUGUGAUCUAUCCGGUUACAAAGCCUGAUGGAUCGCCACUACCAACUGACGCUUCUGGGAACUAUAUCACUGAUGAGGGUACUAUUAUUGAAAAGGAUGAAGAAGGAAGACCAUUGGGACCUGAUGGUCAGCCCCUCCCCACAGAUGAAUCAGGAAAUUACAUCUACCCUGUUGUGGGUCCAGACGGUAGUCCACUCCCCACCGAUAUGCACAGACGUCCUAUCUACCCUGUUGUCGGAAAAGAUGGUAAGCCAUUGCCUACUGAUGAAUCAGGGGCUCCCCUUGGUUCCGAUGGAAAGCCUAUUCCAACUGAUGCCAGUGGUAAGCCUCUUGGGGAAGACGGAUCUCCUCUCCCAACUGAUGCUUCUGGCAACUACGUAAGUGUUCCUUCGGAAGAAGCUGUCAGUAAAGAAUUACCCACAGACGAAAGUGGCAAUGUGAUCUAUCCGGUUACAAAGCCUGAUGGAUCGCCACUACCAACUGACGCUUCUGGGAACUAUAUCACUGAUGAGGGUACUAUUAUUGAAAAGGAUGAAGAAGGAAGACCAUUGGGACCUGAUGGUCAGCCCCUCCCCACAGAUGAAUCAGGAAAUUACAUCUACCCUGUUGUGGGUCCAGACGGUAGUCCACUCCCCACCGAUAUGCACAGACGUCCUAUCUACCCUGUUGUCGGAAAAGAUGGUAAGCCAUUGCCUACUGAUGAAUCAGGGGCUCCCCUUGGUUCCGAUGGAAAGCCUAUUCCAACUGAUGCCAGUGGUAAGCCUCUUGGGGAAGACGGAUCUCCUCUCCCAACUGAUGCUUCUGGCAACUACGUAAGUGUUCCUUCGGAAGAAGCUGUCAGUAAAGAAUUACCCACAGACGAAAGUGGCAAUGUGAUCUAUCCGGUUACAAAGCCUGAUGGAUCGCCACUACCAACUGACGCUUCUGGGAACUAUAUCACUGAUGAGGGUACUAUUAUUGAAAAGGAUGAAGAAGGAAGACCAUUGGGACCUGAUGGUCAGCCCCUCCCCACAGAUGAAUCAGGAAAUUACAUCUACCCUGUUGUGGGUCCAGACGGUAGUCCACUCCCCACCGAUAUGCACAGACGUCCUAUCUACCCUGUUGUCGGAAAAGAUGGUAAGCCAUUGCCUACUGAUGAAUCAGGGGCUCCCCUUGGUUCCGAUGGAAAGCCUAUUCCAACUGAUGCCAGUGGUAAGCCUCUUGGGGAAGACGGAUCUCCUCUCCCAACUGAUGCUUCUGGCAACUACGUAAGUGUUCCUUCGGAAGAAGCUGUCAGUAAAGAAUUACCCACAGACGAAAGUGGCAAUGUGAUCUAUCCGGUUACAAAGCCUGAUGGAUCGCCACUACCAACUGACGCUUCUGGGAACUAUAUCACUGAUGAGGGUACUAUUAUUGAAAAGGAUGAAGAAGGAAGACCAUUGGGACCUGAUGGUCAGCCCCUCCCCACAGAUGAAUCAGGAAAUUACAUCUACCCUGUUGUGGGUCCAGACGGUAGUCCACUCCCCACCGAUAUGCACAGACGUCCUAUCUACCCUGUUGUCGGAAAAGAUGGUAAGCCAUUGCCUACUGAUGAAUCAGGGGCUCCCCUUGGUUCCGAUGGAAAGCCUAUUCCAACUGAUGCCAGUGGUAAGCCUCUUGGGGAAGACGGAUCUCCUCUCCCAACUGAUGCUUCUGGCAACUACGUAAGUGUUCCUUCGGAAGAAGCUGUCAGUAAAGAAUUACCCACAGACGAAAGUGGCAAUGUGAUCUAUCCGGUUACAAAGCCUGAUGGAUCGCCACUACCAACUGACGCUUCUGGGAACUAUAUCACUGAUGAGGGUACUAUUAUUGAAAAGGAUGAAGAAGGAAGACCAUUGGGACCUGAUGGUCAGCCCCUCCCCACAGAUGAAUCAGGAAAUUACAUCUACCCUGUUGUGGGUCCAGACGGUAGUCCACUCCCCACCGAUAUGCACAGACGUCCUAUCUACCCUGUUGUCGGAAAAGAUGGUAAGCCAUUGCCUACUGAUGAAUCAGGGGCUCCCCUUGGUUCCGAUGGAAAGCCUAUUCCAACUGAUGCCAGUGGUAAGCCUCUUGGGGAAGACGGAUCGCCUCUCCCAACUGAUGCUUCUGGCAACUACGUAAGUGUUCCUUUGGAAGAAAGACUAUUGGGACCUGAUGGUAAGCCACUACCCACAGACGAAAGUGGCAAUGUAGAUCUAUCCGGUUACAAAGGCCUGAUGGAUCGCCACUCCCCACCGAUAUGCACAGACGUCCUAUCUACCCUGUUGUCGGAAAAGAUGCCUAUUCCAACUGAUGCCAGUGGUAAGCCUCUUGGGGAAGACGGAUCUCCUCUCCCAACUGAUGCUUCUGGCAACUACGUAAGUGUUCCUUCGGAAGAAGCUGUCAGUAAAGAAUUACCCACAGACGAAAGUGGCAAUGUGAUCUAUCCGGUUACAAAGCCUGAUGGAUCGCCACUACCAACUGACGCUUCUGGGAACUAUAUCACUGAUGAGGGUACUAUUAUUGAAAAGGAUGAAGAAGGAAGACCAUUGGGACCUGAUGGUCAGCCCCUCCCCACAGAUGAAUCAGGAAAUUACAUCUACCCUGUUGUGGGUCCAGACGGUAGUCCACUCCCCACCGAUAUGCACAGACGUCCUAUCUACCCUGUUGUCGGAAAAGAUGGUAAGCCAUUGCCUACUGAUGAAUCAGGGGCUCCCCUUGGUUCCGAUGGAAAGCCUAUUCCAACUGAUGCCAGUGGUAAGCCUCUUGGGGAAGACGGAUCUCCUCUCCCAACUGAUGCUUCUGGCAACUACGUAAGUGUUCCUUCGGAAGAAGCUGUCAGUAAAGAAUUACCCACAGACGAAAGUGGCAAUGUGAUCUAUCCGGUUACAAAGCCUGAUGGAUCGCCACUACCAACUGACGCUUCUGGGAACUAUAUCACUGAUGAGGGUACUAUUAUUGAAAAGGAUGAAGAAGGAAGACCAUUGGGACCUGAUGGUCAGCCCCUCCCCACAGAUGAAUCAGGAAAUUACAUCUACCCUGUUGUGGGUCCAGACGGUAGUCCACUCCCCACCGAUAUGCACAGACGUCCUAUCUACCCUGUUGUCGGAAAAGAUGGUAAGCCAUUGCCUACUGAUGAAUCAGGGGCUCCCCUUGGUUCCGAUGGAAAGCCUAUUCCAACUGAUGCCAGUGGUAAGCCUCUUGGGGAAGACGGAUCUCCUCUCCCAACUGAUGCUUCUGGCAACUACGUAAGUGUUCCUUCGGAAGAAGCUGUCAGUAAAGAAUUACCCACAGACGAAAGUGGCAAUGUGAUCUAUCCGGUUACAAAGCCUGAUGGAUCGCCACUCCCCACCGAUAUGCACAGACGUCCUAUCUACCCUGUUGUCGGAAAAGAUGUGGGGGGCAGUCUUGAAGAAGGAGAAAAGCCUGAUGGAUCGCCACUACCAACUGACGCUUCUGGGAACUAUAUCACUGAUGAGGGUACUAUUAUUGAAGAAGGAUGUAAGAAGGAAGACCAUUGGGACCUGAUGACGGAUAGUCCACUCCCCACCGAUAUGCACAGACGUCCUAUCUACCCUGUUGUCGGAAAAGAUGGUAAGCCAUUGCCUACUGAUGAAUCAGGGGCUCCCCUUGGUUCCGAUGGAAAGCCUAUUCCAACUGAUGCCAGUGGUAAGCCUCUUGGGGAAGACGGAUCUCCUCUCCCAACUGAUGCUUCUGGCAACUACGUAAGUGUUCCUUCGGAAGAAGCUAUUACUAAAACACUACCCACAGACGAAAGUGGCAAUGUGAUCUAUCCGGUUACAAAGCCUGAUGGAUCGCCACUACCAACUGACGCUUCUGGGAACUAUCCAUCACUGAUGAGGGUACUAUUAUUGAAAAGGAUGAAGAUAGGAAGACCUAUUGUGGUACCUGAUGGUCAGCCUCCGUCCCCACAGAUGAAUCAGGAAAUUGACAUCUACCCUAGUUGUGGAGUCCAGACGGUAGAUCCACUGCCCCACCGAUCAUGCACAGACGUCCUCAUCCUACCACUGUUGUCGGGAAUGCAAUUGGUGAUGAUGGGCUGCCUGUGCCCACCGAUGAGUUCGGUCGUCCAGUUGACAAAUCCAACGCUUGGUUCCCGAUGGAAAUGCCUAUUGGCCAAUCUGUUAUGCCAAGUGAUUGCUCCCGCGGAUACCUUUCAAGUCACUUGGCCUGUUAGGAAGACUACUAUUCAGUCGUCUACGCCAUCUCGUUCGUGUAGCCAAAUCGAUUACCAGGCCGAUGUUAUUAUUAUGCUGGAUUCGUCGGAGAAUUUUUCUCCAGAGGAAUUCGAUGAGAUGAGGGAGAGUGUCGCCGAGCUGGUAGAUGCAGGAUUCGAUCUUUCUCCUGAUGUUGCUCGCAUCGGUUUCGUUGUCUACAGCGAUAAAGUAGCUGUGCCUGUGGCGCUUGGACAUUAUGAAGACAAAAUCGAUUUGAUACAACAGAUUUCCGAUUCCACAAAGAUUAAUGAUGGAGUUGCGAUUGCCUUAUACGGUCUCAACGCAGCCAGACAACAAUUCCAGCUGCAUGGAAGGGAGAACGCAACACGAGUAGUGAUAAUGAUAACUAAUGGCAAGAACAGAGGAAAUGCUGCCCCAGCGGCUGAAGACCUUCGCAACACCUAUAAUGUGCAGCUCUUCAUCCUUGCGGUUAACGCAGACAGUGAAGGUCUUGCAACCUUGAAACGAAUUGCGGGAAGCGAAUAUCCUGAUCGCGUCUAUGAGGUCGCUACCGCAUUUGAACUUGACAACCAAAUAUCAGCUAUUAGCCGGCAUCUCUGUGGCUACAUCACCCCAGCUCAUGGCAUCACUGCGACCGAGCCUACAUUCCACCGCACAACCAAAAGAGAUCUGCAGUCAUUUGGUGUCACACAACAGCCGUGGGUCACCCUUCGCUCGCUCAAGUAUCCGCCACUUUGCAGCGAUGGUGUCAAGCGACCGUACCAAAUGAAUAUUCUUGUAGAUGUGACAGCUCGAUCUUCACCAGAGGACUUCCGCCUUGUGAUGGAUCAUCUAACACAGUUUUUCCAAAAACGAUUCGCUCAAGAUGACAACAUGUUGUUGUUUAAUUUGAUGACUGUAAACAGUCAGAAGGUUCUGGACGCUCGCGCAGGACUCUCAAUUUCUGAUAUCGGAAUUGCUCUAAACGAUGUUAUUCAAGACAGUGAUGAUGAAGAAUCUGCGAAACUUGGAGCUGGAGUAGACAGCCUCGUAGAAAUGUCCAGCGAUAAUCAUAUCAGAGGGUCAUUCAAGAUAAUGCUCAUCGUUAGCGCGGACAGCACGAGCAGCGACGCAGCACUACCUUCGGCAGAGUAUGCUUCUGAUGACUUUGGACACAACAUAAUCGGGUUAUCAAUUCGUAAACCAUCCACGAACUUGCUGACGGAUAUGACAGGCGCAGGCACGAGAGUGAUUCAUCUUGACUGGACGUCACCGAAUGAAUUGUUCAAUAGUUGGUUUGCCUAUGCUAUUUGUGAUUAUGUCACUGCUACAACAAUUAAAACAUCUGCUACAACAACAAAGAUGAGGCCUAGCGUCGCAAGAAGAACAACAGUUCUCCCAGCCACCCUUCUAACCCCCACAAACGUAGAGGCAGUCCCCAAGUCACCUACUUCGUUCUCAGUGACGUGGACCUGCUGCACUAACACUAAAUCGAAUUAUACUGUCAUGUAUACUCAUGAUCCGUCUACCCCAUCCAAGCACUGGCUACGACGAUUUGCAACCUGUAGAGACAGUUUUGGGACACUAAUAGAUAACUUACCCACUGAUCAUAACUACACCGUUUGUGUCAUUACUACACACUCAAAUAUCUCACAAUCUGCAAAUCCUUCUGAAGAUUAUUGCACUGAAGUGUCGCUGAACAAAAAUAUAACAGUGGAAGAGCAACAACCCACACAAAUUUCUCCGUGCAACUGUCUUUGUGACCAAGGCAAAGCGAUAGUCAGACCAUCCUGUGAUUUCAUCGUCGACGAUUACCGCCCGAUUUCUACCCUGCCUCCUGCAACGGAAGAGGAGUGUCCUUGCAAGAUCGAUUCGCAUGCAGGAAGAUGUCCAUUUGGAUACGUACUCAAGCAAGGAUAUUGUUAUGACAUAGACGAAUGCACUAUGGCUAAUGGUGGAUGUUCCCACGGCUGCGUUAAUACCCCCGGUGGACACUACUGUGCAUGUCCUUACGGAAUGACUAGAGAUCCGCUAGAUCCUAACACAUGUGUGAAUGCAGCAAAUGCCUUUGAUCGUAUUGCGCAGUUACUGGCACAAUAUCUUCACGAUAAUGCCAAGCAAGCAGCUGGAAGUAUAAGCAAAGAUGUUCAACCUUCCCAAAAAAUGAAGUACAAGGCCACCAUCAAGUCUGAGGACGAAAAGACUAUAACUUUCGAAUGGGCCUCAGUUCCGGCGGUCGUGCGACGAGCCUUCAAAUGGCUCCUUUAA